GGAGGCCCGUGGAGUAUUCUACGUACAGAAGCAGUGCUCCAACCUCCUGGAUGAACUCCCGGAGCUCACAGACGACAUAGAGUCUCACAUUUCCUGGAUGAGCGCCGCGCUCGGAAAGUUACCAGAUGCGGUGAAUUUUUGGCUUGGAGAGUCAAGUGCCGUCACUUCCAUGCACAAAGAUCACUAUGAGAAUCUGUUCUGUGUGAUUUCUGGAGAGAAAAACUUCAUCCUGCUGCCGCCCACAGACCGACCCUUCAUCCCCUACGGUGAAUAUCAGCCAGCUGUUUACCGUCAGCGGGAAGACGGUGAGUUUGAGGUUGUCGAUCAGAGUGACUCUGAGAAGGUCCCAUGGAUCCCUCUGGACCCUCUGGACCCAGACCUGGAGCUGUACCCGCAGUACCGGAGAGCUCGGCCGCUCCACUGCAGCGUGAAGGCCGGAGAGAUGCUGUACCUGCCGUCGCUGUGGUUCCACCACGUCCAGCAGUCACACGGCUGCAUCGCAGUGAAUUUCUGGUACGACAUGGAGUACGACAUCAAGUACAACUACUACCAGCUGCUGGAGGCGCUAUCUGAGGUCACAGCGCCAACGUGACGUCAUCAGGGCGGCUGUGUGACGUCACUGGGUGUUUGAAAAGAACACCUGUCCGCCAGGUGAACAAACAAUAAAGACACUGAAUGAGUGAA